GCCGCGAUUCCAUUUUGUUCGCGCUUCUCUGCCGCCAAGUUGCUGGUUUCCUCGGCUUGUCUGAGGUGAAAAGUUUAAAAAGCAUCAAAGUUUUGAAGAAUUUUCUGGAAGUCUGUUGAUUAGCAUAGUCGAUCUCCAUCUGAAUAUCUGCAAUAGACGUCGAUACUGCGGCUCUGAAGUAGCGGGAAAAAAUGCGGCCCUUGGACAUCGUGGAGCUGGCGGAACCUGAGGAGGUCGAAGUGCUGGAACCCGAGGAAGAUUUCGAGCAGUUCCUGCUGCCAGUCAUCAACGAGAUGCGGGAGGAUAUCGCGUCUCUUAACCGAGAGCACGGGAGAGCCUAUAUGCUGAAUAGGAGCAAGCUGUGGGAGAUGGACAAUAUGCUCAUCCAAAUAAAGACCCAGGUGGAGGCUUCGGAGGAGAGCGCUUUGAAUCAUCUCCAGAAUCCAAACGAUGGAGUCGAGGGUAGAGCGACGAAGAGGUGCGAGAAGGCCGAGGAAAAGGCCAAAGAGAUUGCGAAGAUGGCAGAGAUGCUGGUGGAGCUAGUCCGGCGAAUAGAAAAGAGCGAGUCGUCUUGAAGGGGGAGCGGCGGUUUGCAGCCAAUGAAUUUUGAUCAACUGGUGGAGAUUGGCUGACACCAUGGAGAAGCUGAAACCAGAGAGCCUUUUGUUUUCUCUCUUUUUUCUCUGUCUACACUCUGUCCUCAAUUACACUACGUUUCUGCUAUGGUCUGUGGUUGAUGACCUCAAUAUUAGUUGAUUGUUAAAUGUUUUUGUUUCUGGAAAUAAAUUCAUUUGGAAGAUGCUGGCACAUAAGGGAAUUAGGGCUUAGACUGUAAGCUCUUGCAGCAGUCACAUUUGUUCCUGGGCUUUGGUUGUUAUUUCUAAAUUUUAAGGUGCUUUUGCUCUUUGUGUGUGACCUGGUAGCUCCCUGGAACUUUGGGUGUCUUUGUGACACCUGAGACUCAGAGUUGGAGCUCUCCAGCUCUGGAGGUACUCAAGGAGCUGCAUUAAUUCUAGAAGAUGACUCCAUGCAGCAAGUGCUGAAGAAGCUGAAGAAGGGAUCAGACUUCAACUGGCGAAAUGAAUGGGGCUGAUCUGGUUAAGACUAAGGUAUAUCAGAAGACAGGGUAGAGGAUGGUAUUGUCUUUAUUUUGGGACUUUUAUUUCUGUGUGAGACCAAAGGAGGAGAGAUUUAUUUUGUUAAAAAUUUAAAUUUUCUGUGGCACAACUGAUUUAAUCUGUCUAGUCAGUUUGCUUGGACAACCUAACUCAGCUUUGACAUGGGACCUAGAAUAGGGGAUGAGAUCUUGAUAUUCUGUAUAGGUUGAUGUAAUACUCUGAUGCAUUUCAGAGUGUUCUGGGCAUAAAGUGAAAAAAGUAUUUGCAAAACAACUUGAGGGACUGCAGAAAGAAAACCUGGAACUGUAUGCAUUGGACCCUAAACUGGACAGGGAAGAGGCUUCUUCAAGAUUCAUACGUUGUCCAGCUGUAAGUUCAUUUGAAUAACAGACCUGACACAAGUAUUUGAGGUCAAAACCCUACCUGUUAAAACAAACUUACUGUGUUAAUAAAAAUAUCCAUUUGCUUGAAAAGA